AUGCCCAUCCCAUGCCUAUCCCAUGCCCAUCCCAUGCCCAUCCCAUGCCCAUCCCAUGCCCAUCUCAUGCCCAUCCUCGGCAGGCAGGCGACAUGGACGGUGGAGUUCAUAGAGUACAAGCUGCAGCGCCAGCGCGACCUCUGGCAGGCGCUGCUGGGGGAGGUGCUUUCCCUGCACGCCUUCCUCGCUGACUACCGCCCCGUGCCCAGUGAGGUGCUGCCAGCUGGCACGCAGGAGGAGGAGUAUGCUGCUGCUGAUGAUGAUGAUCUGAGCGAUGAUGUCAGCGACGAUGACGAGGGGCAAGUGGAGGAGGAGGAGGAAGAGGAGGAGGGGAGUGAGGAGGGGAAGGAGGAGGGGGAGAAGCCAUCGCUGGAGGUGUUGCUGCUGGAGGAGGGCAGCCAGCAGGCCGUGUGGAUGAUGGUCAACGCCGUGCUGCAGCUGCAGUUCAUAGGGGGCGCCUUCCGUUGCGCGCAACACAUCACGCGCUGGAAAGGGCUGAAACGGAAGGACGUCCGUCUUUGCAAGGCGCCUAUCCCUUCUGCUGACCGCGGCGCCGUCCGCGAAUUGUACGAAGGCAAACACGCCCGCAGGGAAAGGAAGAAGAAGGCGGAGGAGAUGGCGAUCGAGGCGUGUGCGGGUGGAGCGAAGAAGCAGUGCAUCGAAGACUUCUACGGGGAAGGGGCGUCGUGUGCGAAGGAAUCGGCAUACGACGCCAUCUGCCUCAUGUGGGCGGCACUUCACCUCCCGGAGCAUCUCGCCGAUCACCCUCUCUGGCGCAACGCUGUGCGCUGCAUCACGGACGCGGGCCAUGGCUACGUUCCCCCGAAGCGGCGGUAUGUUGGUGGCGCCGGCCUUGCGCGCUGCCGCGAAAAGAUCGAGAGGGGGCUCGCUCCCAUCACUGCGAGCUGGAAGCGGGAUGGCGUGACGAUAGGCUCGGACAUGAUGACGGACAAAAGUGGCCGUCCCCAAGCCAACAUCCUGCUCAUCAACGAUUCCGGUGCAAUGUUCACCGAAAGCAUCGACUGUAAGUUGGAGACGAAGACGGGAGGCUACAUUGCAUCCGUUUUGCGCCCGAUCAUUGAGAAGGUGGGGCCUGCCAACAUAGUUGAGUUAUGCAUGGAUGGGGGCAGCAAUUAUGUGGCUGCAUGUAGGGAACUCAUGCUUGACUAUCCUCACAUUGAGCAUGUGCCGUGCGCUACUCACGUCAUGGAUCUGCUCAUGGAGGACAUUGGGAAAAUGGAUUGGGCGAAGGACAUUGUGGCUAAGGCGGGGGUGAUUAUUACCUUUGUGCGUGCCCACCAUUUCACCAAAGGUUACAUGCGAAGCCCGCAAGUGAAGGGAGGGAAGGGGAAGCAGGUACUGAAGCCGGCGGGCACCAGAUUUGGCACGCAAUUCAUCGCGGUGCAGCGGCUUUGCGAGGUGCGGAGUGCAUUGACGCAGAUGGUGCUGAGCCCGGAGUGGCAGGCUUGGGCGAAGGGGAGGAAGCCGCCGGUCGAGCCCUUCGCAACCAUGAUCAUGGAUGCCAUGUGGCGGAAAGGUGCGGAGUUCUUCGUCGCCCUCCUGAAGAUCCCUUUUGUCGUCAUGCGCAAGACCGACUCGACGGCCAAGGGCAUGAUGGGCAGGAUGUACGAUCUGAUGCUGCAGCUCACGGAAGACAUCAAUGCGAAGCUGGAGGAGGAGGAGGCGGGAUUGGUGCUGUCCAGCAGUGAACGCACGGAGUUGACCAACAUCGUCCAAAAGCGCUGGGACCAUAGCAUGGCGUGUGCCAUGCACGUGGUUGGCCGGAUCCUCAACCCGGCCAACCGAGAGGAAGGCAUCUUCCGCACCGACCUGGAGUGUACUCGCGUCUUCAAAGCGUUUGUCGCUCGUCACUACGCAGGGCGGACCGUCACGCGCAAGGAUGGCGAGGAGCUGCGCGCAUCCCACGUCAUCCAGGACGGCCUGAUGGCAUUCAACACCCUUCAGGGGAGCUUCGGCCUACCCGACGCCAUCUCUGACCGUGAGCUCGUGAAGGCCGGUGAGAAGACGGCCGUCCAGUGGUGGACGUGGCACGGGACGGAGUACCCCGAGCUGACAACGCUCGCUUGCCGCGUUCUCUCUCAGCUAGUGUCCGCAUCGGCGUGUGAGAGGAACUGGGCAGUGCGGGAAUCGAUCCACACUGCCAAGCGCAACAGGUUGGGGUCCGAGAAGUGUCGGGACCUCGUGUAUGUUGCGCACAAUUGGAAGAUUGUGCGCAACUGGCACAAGGGGGCUGAGUGGGUGAUGGUUCUCCCGGGGAACAUCCCUGAGGCCUCCCUGCCGGAAGGGUACAACGAGGUUCUGGAGGAGGAUGAGGAGGAGGGGGAGGAGGAUGAGCUGGAGGAUGAGUACAAGUAG